UAUUUACAUUCGCGUUGCCAUCUAUGAAUAAUACAGUAAAUCAUUUUCAUAAAGUUUUUAGCCGACUCUUGUUUGUAUUUUUAUUAAUUUUUGGUAACAAAAUCAAAUAAAACCAGAAUAUGCAAAUUGUUAUUAAAGUUUUGAAAGGUAACGAUUUCACCUUAGAUGUGUCUCAAGCAACAACAAUCGUUGAGAUUAAAAAGGAAAUAGAAAAGAAAGUAAAUAUACCGUUGAAUUUACAAAAACUGUUAUUAGUUGGGCGCACACUAAACGAUGAACAACCGUUGUCAGCAUAUCCUAGCAUUAAAGAUGGUACCAAACUAAAUUUAAUAGUUAUGAAGCAGGAAGGUUUGAAGGAAAUUAUUCAUCGCUCCUUCCGCAAGUACUACAACGAGCAGCAAUCUGAACGCCUGACUAGAGAAUUUAUGCUAGACUUUGAAACAAAAUUGAGGCUAUUAAGUUUGGAUGAUAUCGAACGUCUUGCCGAACAUUUAAUGUGUAUCUAAAACUUUCCAUAUAAAUUGACAUAAUCUAUAAGUUUUUUUAUAUUUAUUCUCUAAUAAUGGAAUAAAAAAAAAAAACAAAACGUUUCUUAAAGUUG